AUGACUACUCCCGCGAGCGAGAGCAAGCGGUUCUCCGAUCCCUUGGGUCCGUCUUGGGAAAGCAAGGGAGGAUGGGACCCCAUCGGCUGGGGGCACGAUACAUCCAAGAACCCGAAUGAUAUUCCUCCCAUCCUCUUGGGAGAUGGCCCGCCAUGGAGCGAGGACGAGGAUUUACAAAGCCCCAUCGUCAGUUCUCGCCAUCGCAAGCACAAGUCGUCGAGCUCUCAAGAACAACAACAGGGCGAGUCGUCGGUAAUGAAUCCCGCCAACUACGAUCCCGAGCGCGGCUUCUACGUCGGAACGAGCGGAAAUGGGAGUGAGCGCUACUACGUAAACCAGGGCGGCGAAGCGAACGGGCCCGGCGGAGAAUAUGUGACUUAUCCCGCAGAUCAAGCGAGGCAUGCCGACAAUCCCUAUCGACUCCACGAUGAACAGCAACCCCGCCAAUACCCUGAUAACGAAGGCUAUGGCUCGGACGCCUCUAGCUCAGAGGGUUCGGGAUCGCCCAACGAUGCCGGCACACCGACACAGGCCGAACAUGGCAUGGCCAACUUUGGCCAUACGCCCACCACUAGUAACGCCUCAAACGGCUACCACCAGCCAAUAGUCUCGACGUUCUCGACUUCGAGCCGUGAUCUGGACCCCUACCCGACCCAGGCCCUGGGCAUCAAGCUGGCCAGACCCCGCCCCAGGUCAUCCAUUACCAUGGCCAACGAGGCGGAAGUCAGGCAAACACCCCGACCCUCUCGAAUCACCACGAUGUCGGACAUCAAGCGACGAAGCGACGCCCUGAUGACGCCAGUCCCCGAAAGCACACAGGAGAAGACAAAACCCGAGGCCAAGGAUGAGGCAAAGGAAUCCUGA